AUGGUAGGGACAGUGAGACAUGGGACACAGGGACAGUUAAAAAAGCUGGGGACAUGCGAAUUUGACAACACUGGUUGUAGAUAUAAUGGUGUCAGUGGUGAAGGGUUUUGGACAAUUCGGGGGAAGGGAUUAAUAAUAGAGGGAAAGGCUGUUGACUUUGAAAAUGUGAUUACAACCUAUUAUCCCACGUUUACUAAUUGUAUUGAACUUGCAGAUUGA